AGAAUGGGCUCCAGGCGGAUUCUGGCUCGGGGGAUGGUUUUAUAAUUUAUGGCCUGGAACAAUUCAAUCCGAUAAUCGAGUUGUUUGCGGUGGAGAGAUGGCCGACGCCGCCCCGGUGCCGUACUGCGUGUGCCAAAACACAGAUGGAGCGGGCAUCAUGAUCGAAUGCAUUCGGAAUACAGGGGGAUGCAACGGAUGGGUCCACCCAACGUGCUGCGGGCUUCUGUUGACGGAAGACGAACUGGAGGCGAUCGACAGCUACAUUUGUCCCAUGUGUGAAUCGCCCACCGACGAUUACACCAAGAUGAAAGCGGUCAACACGAAGCGCGCGAACAAGCUCGCGUUGAAAGCCCGCGAACAACAGCAAAAGGGCGGUGCGGGGACAUCCACGUCGACAAGUAGUAGUAGCAAGAAGGAGAAGAAGCGCAAGCGCGAGGAGAAGGAGGACAAGGACGGCGGCGUGUAUCGAUGGAAAUGCAAGGGGUGCUCGCAGAAGAACGACCCCGCGAGCACGGCGUGUGCGUCCUGCGACGAGCCGCGCAAGAAGCACAAGCACAAAAAGUCGUCGAAAAGUCACCACACCAGCGACGACGACGAGACCAAGGUGUCGUCGGGCGACAAAAAGGACAAGAAACGAAAGCGCGAGAAGAAGGACAAGAAGCACAAAGAAUCGCGCCGAAGCCAUCGAAGCGACCCAAGCUCCAAGAAGGCGUACCACGUGCCUGGCUCUGACGACGACGACUUCUCGGACGGGUCGGAGGCCGAAGUGCAGUUCAAGCAGCCGCCAAUCCUCGAGCCGGUUGAUUCGCCUGCGGUGCCUGGCGACGCGACGCUGGUGCCCGCAAGCGUCAACAACGUCGGCAUGGUGGUGAUGACAAUUGAGCGGAUCAUGGGCCACAAGCCAGUUGCGGACCCUUCGUCUGCCACUUCGACAACGACUCCUUCGUCGUCGUUUGUGUACUUUAUCAAGUGGAAAGGGUACUCGUACAUCCACGCGACGUGGGAGUCGGACGCGACGCUGCUGCAACUAGACCCGACCAACAAGCACAAGAUCAAGCGGUACUUGGAAAAGAGCGUGGUCGCUCCGACGGCGGGAGGGGGGCCGCCGCGGGCACUCGACAGCGAAGACGACGUCGAGUACUUCAACCCAGAGUACCUCGAGAUCCACCGCAUCCUCGACAUGCGGCGCGACAGUCCGCCUCUGUCCUCGUCAGACCAAGUCAUCGACGACGGGUGGCGGUACUACAUCAAGUGGCGCGUGCUGUCGUACGCCGAGUGUACAUGGGAGCGCGCAUGUGAUAUUGUGGACGACGACGCGAUCAAAAAGUUCCGCAAACGCACGACGUUGCCCCCGGACUCGUCCUCGGUCGACAAGCCCCCCAUCGACCCCCUGGCGCGGCCGUCGCUCCGCGAGUUCAAAAAGCUAGAGACGUCGCCCUUGUUUGGCGAAAACAAGUCGUUUUCACUGCGAGCGUACCAGCUGGAAGGUCUGAAUUGGCUGCGGUGGAACUGGUACAACAGCCGCGCGAGCGUCUUGGCCGACGAGAUGGGGCUCGGCAAGACGAUCCAGACUCUGGCGUUUCUAGAUGACCUCCGCGUGUCGCAGCACCUGCCAGGUCCGUUUCUGGUCGUGGCGCCGCUGUCUCUGAUUGCGCAGUGGCAGAGCGAGUGCGAGACGUGGACAGAUAUGGACUGCGUCGUGUACCACGGGUCGUCGGAGGCGCGGGAGAUCAUCCAACGCUUUGAGUUUUACCAUUUGGUGCAUGGCAAAUUGGACAAGAGAAGAGGGUUCAAGUUUCACAUUCUAGUUACGACGUACGAGAUUGCAAUCAAGGACAUUGGCCUGCUGAGCAAGAUCCAAUGGCAGUGCUUGGUCGUGGACGAAGCCCAUCGCCUGAAGAACCAGAGCAGCCGCCUCGUCGAGCAAAUGCGCAGCCUACGACGGGCGUACUGCGUGCUCUUGACGGGCACCCCCCUGCAGAACAAGACGGAGGAGCUGUGGGCGUUGCUCAACUUUCUCGAUCCAAUUGCGUUUCCAUCGCUCGCGACGUUUCUGGGGCAGUUUGGGUCGCUCCAAGACGCCAGUCAAGUGGCGGAUUUGCACAAGUUACUCAAACCGUACUUGCUCCGACGAGUCAAGGAAGAUGUGGAAAAGUCGUUGCCCCCAAAGGAAGAAACGAUCAUCGAAGUGGAGCUCACGGCCGUGCAAAAGCAGUGGUACCGCGCCAUCUACGAACGCAACACGGCGUUCCUCAUGCGUGGCCAGGGCGGAGCCAACGUCCCGAACCUGAUGAACGUCAUGAUGGAGCUACGCAAGUGCUGCAACCACCCGUACUUGAACAACGGGGUCGAAGACGCCAUCUGCGAACGCGUGACCACCGACGCCGAGCGGUUUGAGAUGCUCGUCAAGUGCUGCGGGAAGAUGGUGCUGCUGGACAAACUGCUGCCGAAACUCAAAGAAGGCGGCCACAAGGUGCUUAUCUUUAGCCAAAUGGUGCGUGUGUUGGACUUGCUGGAGGAUUACAUUCGAGGCAUGGGCUACUUGUACGAGCGACUGGACGGCAACAUUCGAGGCAACGAACGACAGGCUGCCGUGGAUCGAUUCGUCAAGCCAGAGUACCAGCGAUUUAUCAUGAUGUUGAGUACCAAAGCGGGCGGGCUGGGGCUGAAUCUGACUGCGGCUGACACGGUGAUCAUUUACGACUCGGACUGGAACCCGCAAAACGACCUGCAAGCCCAAGCGCGGGCCCAUCGCAUCGGACAAACCCACUCUGUCAAGAUCUACCGCUUGAUCACUCGAAAAACGUACGAAAUGCAUAUGUUCCACAAGGCCAGUUUGAAGCUGGGUCUCGACCGCGCCGUGCUGACCCACAUGCGGCAAGAGCAGGACAAAGAGAGCAAAAAUGCCAAAGCCAUGGUCAAGUCCAAGGCCCAAGAAGCGCAAGAGAUUGACGAACUGCUCAAACGUGGGGCGUACGAUGUCUUUCGAGACGACGACGAAGCAUCCGAGCAGUUUUGUGCCGCGGAUAUUGACACGCUGUUGCAGCGCAGUUCUCAAAUCGUCGAGUACGAGUCGCAGGCCCGGGGGUCGUUUUCCAAAGCUAGCUUUGUCUCGGCCGCCACGUCGGACGACGUGGACAUUGACGACCCCGACUUUUGGAAGAAAGCGGUGGGCCUCGCCGAGCCGGACGUGCUGGACGAGGCGGCGUCGCUCGUGCUGAGUUCGCAGCGCAAACGGACCCGCGUCGCGCGCUUCGGGACGAAGGAAGCGCUGUCGGACGACGACGACGACGACGACAAGGAUGUGACGACGACCAAGAAAGAUGCCGACAAACCGCCCAAGCCAGAAGUGUCGCGGGAGUGGACUGUGAAUGGCCGCGACCGACUCCAACGCGCUUUGAUGCAUUUUGGGUUUGGUCGGUGGGAGAUCAUUCGAAGCCAAAGCGGCGGCAGUCGCACCGUCGAGGAAGUGGAGAUGUUUGCGCGGGCGUUUGUGCUCGUGUGUGGGCUGUGCUGCGCCGGCGUCGUGCAGGCCACCGACGCGCCGUUCGUCCAAAGCGCCAUCCUGGCCGCGUCCCACGCCAAGCACGAGUACAUGACCGAGGCAGAGGCGUGGACGGACCACGCGACCAAAACUAUCCCACUGGUAUUGCAAGAAGAAGAGUUUGUGCUCAAGUUGAAACAAGGCGGCGCCCGGCGAGUGUUAAGUCGUUUGGAUAUUUUGAGCCGCCUCCAAGUCAAGUUGGUGGCGUCAUGUGUGGCCCUGGAGAAGGAGCGCGACGGGGAUGAACCGCCGCACGGCCUCGUCGACUUGGACGCGCGCGUCGAGUUCCUAGGGCUCGAGAACGUUCUCCAUCGUUUGGAGUUUGCGAUUGGGUCGGACCGGCCGCAGUGGUCCAACUUGACCCCGUGGUGGGAUUACGCGGCGGACAAGAGCCUGUGCAUGGGGGUGUUUUUGCAUGGCUACGGCCGAUGUGCGCAGAUCAUCAGCGACCCGCGCCUGUGCUUUCACCAGCGGGAACAAUCGGUCACUGCCGACAAUCCAUUGGCGGCAGAGGACAAACCCAAGUUUCCCCAACCAGAAGUCCAGCAGAUGAAUCGGCUGCUCAUUUGGCUGCUUUCGAUCGAAGACGCCCAGCGCCAGAAACAACAGGAGAAGAAGGAAAAGUCCAUCUCCGACAUGCAAAAGAUCAACACGUUGGACCAGUCGCAGAAACUGGCGGCACAGAGACGCCAAGAAGCCAUCACGUGGCAAUUCCUGCACUUGGACCUGAUGCGCCAUACCGUGUCUCUGGGUAACGCCAACGUGUGGCACGCCAUUCGAGAAGAAGGCACAACCAAAAUGAUCAAAGAGUGGAGCACGGCGGAACGGAAGAGCAUCUGCUACGUGCUGAGCACACGAGGGGCUCCGUUGGUGGUGGACAGCGCGAGCCAGUGGAGCUGGUACUUGCUCGUGUCCAAGGCGCACGUUUACAAGUCGGCCAUGCGGGCCCAGCGAUACGUGUACGACCGCGUACUGGCCAAAUGCAAGGAGCUGAUUGUCAAGGAGUCGUCGGCAUUGUCCAGACCCAAUGAGAUCCAAUUCGUCGACCCGUACCAGGCGGCAGCGUUGCACGGAGCCAAGGCCAAGCAGAUGGCGUUUUUGCUGCUCCGACGCACGCAAAUGUACCGCACCGUGUCGUACUUGCUGCAGCACGAACGCGACGAAGUGGACAACUAUUUGCGAUCUGGUAUGAGACGUCGAAACAUUUUGAUCCACAACAUUCUUUCCCUUGUUGACUAGGCGAUCCGGGGCUGACAGACCACAUGCCCGUGUGGUGGUGUCCGUGGAUCCAUGACGUGGCGCUGUUAGAAGGCAUGCUCAUACACGGCGUGGGGUCGUAUUUGGAGCUGCAUCGGCACGACGCGCUGGACGUGGAGGCGGUGGCGGCCUUUGUCCGGCGGGUGUUUGUCCAAGGCGACGGCCCCCAGCACCCCCCCGUGAUCGACCCCGUCAAGUUCCACUCGGCCGCCGAACAAGCCGCGUGGGUGCGUGACACGAGCGUGCAGUUCCCGCCCGUGGACAUGCUCGAGAAGAAAGUGAUGCGGGUGUGUCUGUCGCUGACGGAGGAGCUGCCGACAUCCCACGAAGCCAAGUUCAGCAUGGAGAACGAUGUGGCCACGGCCGUGCUGCCCAUGACCAUGAUGGAUGUGGUCGUGAAGGAACAACGCACGGAACGUGCGACUGCCAACAACCAUCAUAGUAGUGCACAGCCUCAAGUGGAAGACUUGACGGUGUUCUUGGCCCAGACCAAAGCGUCAAGGGAUGUAUUAUGUGAACAGCAACAAAUUGCGACGCAUUGAUAGCUGUUGAGGAUAUUACUAGUGUGUGAAUUAACUAUAAUACAAAUAUGUACUGGACUGGA